AUGGAUCAGCAGCUCAUUUCCCUAGUCAACAAGCUGCAAGAUGUCUUUGCGUCUAUAGGUGUAUCCAAUAACAUCGAUCUGCCUCAAAUCACAGUCAUCGGUGCUCAGAGUUCUGGAAAAUCCUCAGUCUUAGAGAACAUUGUCGGUCGAGACUUCUUACCCCGAGGAACCGGCAUCGUUACUAGACGACCUUUGGUCCUUCAAUUGAUCAACCGCCCUGCAACAUCGAAAGCCAAUGGAGAAGUCAAGAAAGAAGGUGAGUGGGAGCCCAACACCCCCCAGUUGAAUGAAAACAACCAGGACGAAUGGGGAGAGUUUUUGCAUUUGCCUGGACAAAAGUUUCACGACUUUGCCAAGAUACGAGAUGAAAUUGUUAGAGAUACUGAGAAGAUGACUGGAAAGAAUGCCGGUAUCUCGCCGAAUCCCAUCAACCUGCGAAUCUUCUCUCCGAAUGUCCUCACCUUGACCCUGGUCGAUUUGCCUGGUUUGACCAAAGUUCCUGUCGGAGACCAGCCUCGAGACAUUGAAAAGCAGAUCAGGGACAUGCUGAUGCGAUACAUCUCCAAACCCAACGCUAUCGUUCUCGCUGUCACUGCCGCCAAUACUGAUUUGGCCAACUCGGACGGAUUGAAGAUGGCUCGUGAAGUGGACCCGGAAGGAACGAGGACCAUCGGUGUCUUGACAAAGGUUGAUCUCAUGGACCAAGGCACAGACGUUGUGGACAUCUUGGCAGGACGGAUUAUCCCGUUGAGAUUGGGUUACGUUCCCGUCGUCAAUCGAGGUCAGAGGGAUAUUGACCAGUCCAAAUCCAUCGCAUCGGCCUUGGAGAACGAGAAGAAGUUCUUCGAGAACCAUGCUAGCUACGCGAGCAAGGCUCAGUACUGCGGUACUCCGUGGUUAGCCAGAAAGCUUAACAUUAUCCUGAUGCACCAUAUCCGAAACACACUCCCCGAUAUCAAGGCGCGAAUAGGCCAACAGUUGGCCAAAUACAAUGCCGAACUUGCAUCUUUAGGAGGUCCGAUGGGAGAGACUAACCCUGGCUCCGUGGUCUUGUCCACGAUCACUGAAUUCUGUGCCGAAUUCCGAUCUGCCAUUGAUGGAAACACCAACGAUCUGUCUCUCAACGAACUGUCCGGGGGUGCUCGAAUCUCCUUCGUCUUCCACGAGUUGUACAACAGUGGGGUCAAAAGCAUCGAUCCCUUCGACCAGGUCCGAGAUGGCGACAUCCGAACUAUCCUUUACAACUCCUCUGGAUCUACUCCUUCCCUAUUCGUUGGCACUACCGCGUUUGAAGUCAUCGUCAAGCAGCAGAUCCGCCGGCUGGAAGAUCCUUCGUUGAGAUGCUGCAGCUUGGUAUACGACGAACUCAUCAGAAUCCUGGGUCAAUUGUUGACGAAGACAUCGUCCUUUAAGCGAUACCCUGAGCUCAAAGAACGAUUCAACCUAGUCGUCAUCAAUUUCUUCAAGAAUUGCAUGGGACCUACAAAUAAGCUCGUGACCGACAUGGUCGCCGCUCAAGCCUGUUAUGUCAACACAACUCAUCCCGACUUUUUGAACGGGCACAAGGCCAUGGCGAUCGUCACGGAACGCAUGAACGCCAACAAGCCACCUGAGAAGCCAAUCGACCCCAAGAGCGGGAAAUUAGCACCUGGCCAGUUGAAUAAUGGUCGAGAUCUCGAUGCCGAUUUCAAGAAGGACGAGCCGAGCUUCUUUGGAAGCUUCUUCGCCAAAGACAAGCCAAAGAAGAAAGGUGGUCAAAUGGAGGCCCCUCCUCCCGUCAUCAAGCCUGUGGCGUCGUUGAAUGAGAGAGAAAUCAUGGAGACGGAAGUCAUCAAACUGCUCAUCCAAUCCUACUUCUCUCUCGUCAAACGAGAGAUGAUCGACAUGGUACCUAAAGCCAUCACAUUGACCUUGGUCAAUUUCGCCAAGGAGAACUUGCAGAAGGAGCUCUUGGAACAUCUGUACAAGCCUGACGUGCUAGAGGAACUGCUCAAGGAGUCGCCUGAUGUCGUUGCGAGGAGACGCGAAUGUGUUAAGAUGGUUGGUGCACUGAACGCCGCGGAGGCCAUUGUCGCUACGGUUUAA